UCUGAGCGCCCUGCUGCUUUUGGAAAGACUCAAUCUGUUGUCAUGUCUGCUGUCUGAACAAGAGGAUGAAUAUUUUCACACGUCCAAGUAUUGUAUUCGUUCAGUGCAAUGCGAUUUUUGUUGUUGUGAAUGACCACUGAGGAUAUCGGGUUUAACCAUGGAACAAAGAAGCUACGGCAGACGCAGGGCGAGAGGAUAUCUGGUCGGCUGCGUGGUUGCUGUGCUUUUGUGGAGCGUGGCUUCAGCGCAAAUACGAUAUUCUAUUUCCGAGGAAGUUAACGAAGGAACUGUGGUUGGUAAUGUAGCAAAAGAUCUGGGAUUGGAUAAAAGCACACUGAGAGAGAGGAAGUAUCGGGUUGUUUCUACUAACGCGGAUCCUCUUUUCCAUGUAAAUCAAAACGAUGGCAUCCUGUAUGUGAGCCGGAAGAUUGACAGAGAAGAGGUGUGCGCGCAGAGCAGUACGUGUUUAAUAAAUCUGAAAACUGUGUUAGAAAACCCGCUGGAAGUGCAUUAUGUUGGAGUGGAAGUGCUGGAUAUAAAUGACAAUUCACCCAAUUUUACAGAAAAGCAGACAACGUUAGAGAUUUCAGAGUCUGUGCUGCCCGGAGCGCGAUUUCAGCUAAAAGCAUCACGGGAUGGAGACAGUGGUCAUUUCUCCGUGCAGCAGUAUAAACUCAGCCAAAAUGAUCACUUCCGUUUAGAAGUUAAAGAUAAAAGAGAAUACGGGAAAACACCAGUAUUAGUUGUUCAAAAACCUUUAGACAGAGAAACUGCAAAAAGCCACUCAUUAGUGCUCACCGCACUGGAUGGAGGGAAACCUCCAAAAUCUGGUACUAUGAAUAUUCUAGUAAAUGUUUUGGAUGUUAAUGAUAACGCACCUGUUUUCACUAAAGAUGUUUAUUCUGUGAUGCUUGAUGAAAACUCUCCAGUAGAUACAACAGUCAUACAAGUGAAUGCAACUGAUUUAGAUGAAGGACCAAACGGAGAAGUGGUUUACUCGUUUAGCAACAGUAUGCAUCAUGAUUUGUUGAACCUUUUUGAUAUCGAUCCAUUAACAGGUGAGAUAACUGUUAAAGGAGUAAUAGACUACGAGGAGAAGGAUAGGUACGAACUUGAAAUUGAAGCAUCAGAUAAAGGUUUCGCUCCGCUAACUACAGAGAAAAGCGUCAUUAUUAAAAUAGUUGACGUUAAUGAUAAUGCACCUGAGAUCGAAGUUACCUCAUUUUCAAGCUCCAUCCCUGAAGACUCCAGACCUGGAACUACAGUUGCCCUGAUCAGUGUAAAUGACUUGGACUCUGGGCUCAAUGGAAAAGUUAUUUGCUCCAUAGCUGAGGAUGUUCCUUUUGCUUUAACACCUUCGUCACAAGACAAGAUGUAUUCAUUAGUGACCAAAUCCCCUCUGGACAGAGAGAAACAGUCACAAUAUGAGUUGACAAUAACUGCAAAAGAUGCUGGUCAACCACCAUUGUCAUCUGAAAAGACAAUAAGCGUUGUUGUAUCAGAUGUGAAUGACAACAGUCCAGAGUUUUCACAGAGUCCAUAUACUUUCUAUGUGACUGAGGGCAAUGAGCCAGGAGUCUCUGUGUUUUCUGUUAAAGCUUUUGAUCGUGAUGAGAACAGCAAUGCGCUUAUAUCCUAUCAUAUUGUCAGAGACUCAAGCACUGAUAACAAAUUGACUUCAUUUCUCAACAUAAACUCUGAAAAUGGAGAUAUUUUGGCGCUGAAAAGUUUUGACUUUGAAACAGUGAAAACUUUCCAGUUCCAAGUUGUCGCCACAGAUUCAGGAACUCCGUCACUAAGCAACAACGUGACAGUGAACNGAGUAUAG